CACAGCAGAGGACACUGCACUUUCUACAGCUGUGACUGUCUGUGUGUGAAAUCAGACAUUCUGCUAAAAUGAGGAACCUGUCUGCUCUGCUGUUUGUGCUGCUGCUCUGUUCUCUCCAGCUGGUCUCUAGUGCUCCCCAUGGACAUACCCCUGACUGCUGUACCAGUGUGACUGAUGUGAAGAUCCCUCUGAAGAAGGUGAUGUCCUACACACAUACAGACAGUGACUGUGCCAAUAAAGCCAUUAUAUUUAAAACUGUAUCAGAAAAACACUUUUGUGUAAAUCCAGAUGCUGUGUGGGUGAGCAACCAUGUCACCGCUGUGGACACUCUCAACAAUCCCACAGCCAAGACCAUUAAUCAAUACUGUAUUGGAGAAGAUUGAAAAACUGAUCAGUCCUUUUUAUGCUCUUCUUACCAUAAUAUUUUUAAUAAAAUGAUUUUAAUUAA